AUGGGGUUGCAAAUCACAGACUUCUUCGCUACACCUUCGUACGAAGAUGGCAGUACUCAAAUUAUUGUCUGCGCCGAAUGCACCUCUCAUUUGUGUCUCUCCAGUCUCAUUAUUUCAGAUAAUUUUUGGGGUCUGUCCGGCAAAGCCUAUCUCGUAGAUAGUGUGAUCAACACUCUGUUAGACCCGACGGAUAUCGAGACAAUGAUGAAAACGGGCACCUAUCUCAUCAAUAAGAUUCGCUGCCGCCAGUGUAGUACUAUUCUAGGCUGGUUGUACAAGAAAUCGUAUAGCGGUGCCGAAACUUAUAAAGAGGGCAAGUUUGUAAUCGAACGGAAGUUCAUUCACUUGAUUCCAAACAAUUCUGCAACAUCAGUCCUCGCAGAGCAGGCAAGAAUUCUGCGAAGACGUCGUUCAUCUGCAAGCAUUGGAGCCUCCGACGACGACAGCCUAAGUCUGCUGUCUAAAUGCGACAAUUGCGACUCAUGUAAGCUUUCUUCGGUGAAGAAGAAGUUUGGUGGGAGACCGCCGAUUUGUUUGGGCCAUUCAAUGUCCCGCCGUCCUCUUUUAGGCGAUAGAGAUAGCUUCGACGAGCACGAUGAGGAUGCAAACGUCUUCGUCGAUGCUUAA